AUGGGAUUUAAUCCCAAACAUGCACAUAUGGGUGUUGAGCCAACAAUGAAGGUUUCAAGUCAACAUUCUAGUGAACUAAUCGUAGACGUGGAGAUAAGUAGCCACGUUUACGAUGGCAGCGUCACUAACACAGAUUGGUGGGGUGCAGCUACGAAUCCUCAAACUUCGAGCGCCAGCGAAGGUUUGAAAGACGAACUCGACGAGCUUAAAAGAUACCUGUCGACAAUUCACACGCAUCUACACAAUAAUCGGGGUAGCUCGAGGCAUAAUGGCUAUCAUCAAUCAAUCGGGGCUUUAUCUCACAUCUUGAUUAGUAUACACGGUGAUCUCCAAGAUACAUUGUACUUGAUAGAGAAAGAAGAUAGGAAAACCUAUCAGCCUGGUACAAAGGUUUACACUUGGAAACUUGAGACGUUGAGUUGGAUGGUCGAAUCAAUAACUAUCCAGAACAUCAAACUCAGAGUCUUGCUCUGUACCUUCGACCCGGAUGAAACCGUCGAAGCCGCUAUUCCUCCACAUUAUCGAAAGUGGAGAUCGCAAAUAAUCGAGGACUAUGUCGAAUCGGAAAUAAAGAGAUGCGGGAGGAAGCGCGGAGAACUACUUUUUGGCAUAUUUACCAAACUAGAAACUGAAUACCUCACCCCUGAUGUCGUUCGGAAAAGGACUAAAACACAACCUUUGCAUCCAUCGACGUCGCAGAUCCCCCAGACUCCAUCUCUAGUACAAGACCGUCAUGAAAGUAUCUCAACUAAGCCAACUCAAUCUAUGGGCAACGACGAAUACGGAGUGGUUUUUGAAUGUCGUCUUGGUGGUGAACAAGCCGAUUAUCUUCUCAAAGUGCGAAUUGAUGCGGAGGGUGCUUUGACUAUAAAAUUCGACGAGGAGCCACGUCUCUGGCCUGCGAGCCUUCAGGCCUUCAGGGAAUUGGAUCUACGACGAGCUUCCAUUCACCUCAGCUAUCUCACUCCCGAUGUUUACAUGUGUGCCUUAAUUCUAGAGAGAAACCGACUAGGAAGAAUUGAUGUCACGACCGGUUGUUUGUUUUUCCAAAGCUCAACAGAUAUGAAAGGUUUUCAAAGGGCUUUGACAGGUAAACGCGGCAUCAAACUUCGCACCCUCGAAAAGUUCAAAUGCGAUAGCAAAAAUGCGAUCACCGGAAGACUGCAGAUCUGGCUCAAAGAUUCUGGCAGGAGCUAUGAUUCUACACAGACAGGCUUGAACUCCGUUCUUCGUAGGACAUCGACAUCGUUCUCGGCUACAAGUAGAACUACAUUGGCUUCCAUGGCCACUUUGAAGGCUCAGCAAGCUAUUCCUGGCUCACAACUCACAAGAAUUGAUGAAGGUUGUGGCUUAAGUAUAGAAAUGCCCAUUCCACCCCUUGUCAUUAUGUUUGUUGAGUGGUCGUCGAAAGAUAAGAAGAUUCAACGAGGGCAAAUCUUAGCAUUCAAAUUUGACGAACACUCGAAGCUUGACCGGAAGAAAUGCAAGCUUGACGACAAGUUCCCUCGCUGCUUUGUGCUUCACGCUGUCCGGGUUGAUCUCGAGAUUGGACCUUGGAAAUUUCCACUCAAACCCAAAGAGCUUAGUUGGAUCGAGUUGUCUUUCUCAAACGAUGAAGAGCGUGAAGUUUUCACUAAACAGCUCGAAGAUGCAAGAACAAUUUAUAAGAAGCGUAUGGAACAACAUAAUAGAGGGAUGAAAUUUUUACGGCAAGGUCACCACAACACUAAAGAGUACGGCGCGUAUUAA